GUCGACGUCUGGGUUGGUGGUUUCAUUUUCGACGGAGAUCUCGGCUUUUCAAGCUGGCACGCAAUGGAGAAGGGUUACACUGGUUUGAGGAGAACGCGAAAACGUGCACAUUCGACCAAGUGCUCGUGUUGCUACUCGUCGGAGGACGAACCGGAAAAUCAUGCAAGCACCAGAAAAGAGAAGUCCAAAGAAUGUGAUCCUGAAAAUGGGAAACGAGUAAGCACGAGAAAAAAAGUGAAAACAGAGGAUGUCCUAAGUGGCAGUAAUGGCAAAGAUACAGGUGAAGGAACUAUCAAUCCAGAUGAGUUUGUUGGCAAAAAACAGAAAGGGAAUCAAAACAAGAAGGCAACAGCCUCUGAGACAUCAAAGAAAACUGUUCCAACCAGAAGAAAAACUCCAACUGUACAGAAAUCACCUGAAAGCAAUCCAAAUGGGGAAGAUCUUGAGCUGAAAAAGAAACAACACAGCAAAGGUAGCAACUCUACAGGAAAAAAGAAAAGAAAAGCCAGAUCAGUGAUAUCUAAAAAUGACAAGAAUCAAGGAGAAAACACAGAUUUAAACAAAAGAGCCGAUAGCCAAACUCAGUCAAGGGACAAAAAGGUUAAAAAAAAGAGUUUGAAGGAUGAAGUGCAAAAUACCCCCAGGAAUAUUGACAAGAUAAUUGCUCACGGUAAGGAAAAGUCUGCAAACAAUAAACAAAAUGCUACCAAGGAAGAGAUGGGACCCGUUGUAGAGGGGACGUUAUGUAGUGAUCUUAAAAGAUCCAGUUCUAAAGCAAGUGAGACAGAGCAUGAGAAAGUGAUAAAUACAAGAGGUACUUCUAAAAAUGUCAAAUCUCUGAAUGAUUCAAUUAAUGAAACCACAAGGGAGAAAGAUGUUCCUCUUGGAAGCAGAAAACGUACUAAUAACCUCCAAAAUAGUGGAAGUUUGUCAGAAAAGAAGAUUGGUGUGUUUGAACAUUUAUUUGCUGAACUGAAAAAGUGCCCAGGACUUAAAAAAGUUACAGUUUCUUCUGCUGCUGAAUUGCUUCUCAAACUGACAGCAGACAAGCUUAAGACCGUGGUCCCUAGCUUGUCAUCGAAAAAGGUGAAGUCAAGUGUGGAUAAAGUGAAUAAGAGUGGAGAAGAUGUGAUGUUGUCUCCAGCAAAAUCAAAAUCUUCUUGUUCUGUAAGUGAGCCUAAAAGGAGGCGUCCUAACUCUGAAAAGUCUCCACUGGGAUCUCCUGUAUCUUCAGACAAGCCAACAACAGGGAAAUCUGAGCUUGUCAAGCUUUCGCAGGCUGCAGAGGCACUGGUCAGCUUCCGUGCCAAUCCUACCAUUUUACACCAGGAUAACAAAGAAGGUGAUGUUUCCCAUGGAAAGGCUGUGGAGGAAGUCACCUCAAAUACUUUUCCUGACUCUGAAAAGAACUCUUCUUUUAAGGAGCCCAGCACUGUCAGUAAUGUUGUCUCUGCAUCAGUACAAAGUGUGGCCUCAUCAAGUGAGCAAGGUUUAUUGCAGGUUGAAAGUAAUACCCAUUCACAGAGCCAGAUAGUGUCACAAGUUCAGCCAGGUUUUGUUGUGCAUAAUCCUUUCCCACAGCAAACUGUAAGAUUUCCUGCAAAUAUUGAGGCAAGUCUGCAACAGGUGGCUCAUGUACAGCAGAACUUGUUGAAUUUGAGUCAGGUAACAUCCCAGUUGAGUCCAGCUGCAGUGGUACCACCUCAGUUGAGUCCUAGGUUGACAGGAGCUUGUCCAACAAAUCCUUCUGGGUCAAAUGUCUUGGGCCCAAGGCUUUUGAAUUCAACUGCGGUGCAAAAUAUUCAGGGUCUAUUUUGUAGACCAGUGACUCCCUCAAGUAUCCAAACAUCCAUGACUGCACAGAACCCACCCCCAUCUCUGCCACCAAGCAGCAAUAAUCAACGAGCUCGUCCUCAACAGCCGUUAAAAGGAAUGGAAAACGUUGUUAGCUGCGUUGGCUCACGGUCAACUGCUAAUUUGCUGUGGAACAUCAAACCAGCAGCACCUGUUGUGUAUUUGACAAGCCCCCAGACUCUGAGUGGUGUCAGAGCGAGGAACUUGAUACCUCAGACUGAGGGUCCCACGCCUUCACCUUUUACCUCAGGUUUGGCUAGUGUUCAGGCAUUGGGAAUUCCAAAGACCUCACUGAACUCUACAAGCACAAGUAUGUUUACUUUAGGGAAAACAACGGUAGUGAGUCAGGUUGCACCACUGGUAACACCUCAUUCUGUUAGUGUUAGUAAUCAGCGGCUAAUCUUACCCCGUGAGCAGCGGGCACCAUCUGUGUUUCCAGGUGGAUUGAAAAGUACUCCCGCUCAGAUUCUGCCAACAACUGUCAUGGGGCAGAUCCCAAGAAGUAUUGCUCCAGUUGUCCUGCCCAGAAGUGUACCUCUUCAGUCUAGCAGUGUUGGAGCGACUACUAACAGGCAGCCAGCUACAUCCAGUAUGACAUCAUGGUCAUGUGCUACCAAUGUGCAAACCACUACCGCUAAUAGUAUAACAACAGCAGUUGCACCGGUGAGUGCCAAGCAGGCCGUGAAGAAGUUUGUUCAUGAGAGGAACAAGUCUGUGGAACUGAAACGGACAGGUAGUCUGAACAACCUGCAGACAAAUGAACCUGUAGCAGCUAGCAAAGAUGUCGGGAUUGACAAAUCAAAAGGUGUUAUGAUGAAUACUUUGUUGCAGUGUCAUGGUAGACAGCCAUCAGAGAAGCACAGUGCCACUAAGCAGUCAGACUUCAAUUUGCACCAGGCUGUGUCAGCACUUCUUAGUAUCAGCUCACAGGAUGGAUUAGAUGCCUCCGAUUCCACACCACCAGGAGGAGAGGGUGACGAGUCCUUAGAUGAGCACGAUGAUGAGGUCGUGUUCACCAGCAAGGGAGUGUUCCGUGUUGGUGACGUAGAUGUAGACCCACAAUACAACAGAAUUGGCCGAGAGGGUUACACUUGUGGUAAGUGUGGAAAGAUAUUUACCUCUCUCAGCUAUCUGGCACGACAUAUCAAGCGCGUAUGUCCAGACAUGAGUUGUAGAAAGUGGAAAUGUAAUAUGUGUGACAAAGCAUUCCGACACCCCUUUGGUCUCCAGCAGCACAUUUACACUCACACAGGGGAGAGGCCGCAUAAAUGUUCUCAGUGUCCAAAGGCUUUUUAUAGUUCCAACGAUCUAAGAAGACAUAGCAGAAUUCACUCAGGUGAGCGACCUUACCAUUGUAAGCAUUGUGAGAAGAGUUUUGCUACUACAAUAUCUUUGAAGACACACACAUACAUCCAUACAGGGGAGAAGCCACACAAAUGUCCUCACUGCCCUAAGACGUUUGCCACUUCAAGCAAACUGGGACGACACAUUGUGACUCACUCAGAACAGCGCCCAUUUGCAUGUGACCAUUGUCCCAAGUCUUUUAACAGAUCAGGUGAUCUAAGGCGACACAACAUGCAUGUACAUGAAUCCCGGGACAAGCCAUUCGAUGUUGAUGACAGCAGUAUAACACAGUCAAAUGCCAACAAUAAUACAAGUACUUCCAAGGACAUAGACCAGGAGUCAGGGUACAAGAAAAGUUGUGAUUUGUCGCCAGAGCUGGGGCAUAAUCUGCACCAUGAUGCUGCAUUGAAGGGUGGGCCAACUUUGAAUAAAUCAAACCUUACAGGAGAAAUUCUGGAGGAGAGCACAGAAUCAUGCAGUGGAGACAAUGGUUAGGUAUCAAUAAUUAGGGUGACAAUUAGUCACUAAAGGGGAGGUAAAUGUCCCUUACUUUUAGCUACAUGGAGAGGAAUGACAAGUUAAUACCACACAGAAACCAGUCAACUAGUUAACCUGUGUCAUUAUGCCCUUAAAUGGUGGGAAACAAAUUUUUUUAAUUUGCAAUUUUUGUAUCACUGGCAGCUCGGCUUACUAAUGACUUGCGAGCUAGCCAAUCAGUGUGGGAAAAAAGCUUCAUUUGCCUCUGUGGGGAUAUAAACUUAGUUCAUGUACUACAUGACCGGUGCUGAGAUCUUGUUCAAUUCGGAUGCCUGGAUUUUCAUCAAGUUUUUCAUUUAAGUUUAACUUUAUGCUGGUUUUGUUAAGUUACUCACAAAGAGGUUGGCAAAUGUUAAGCCAUGUUUAUCUCUCGCUUGGUCAAUGAUGCAUACCUUUUGAUUUUAAUAAAUCAAUGUCGUUGCAGCAAUUUUUUGGGUGUAAAGAUAAAGGCAUCCUCGUUAUAGCAAAAUAAUUGGUAAGGUUUCCUGGAGUGGUUAGGUCAAAUGUCUGUAUUAUAAAUUGGUGUAGAAAAAUAGUAUGUUUAUUUGGAAUCUUCUGGUUCAUCACAGCAUUUGAAUAAAGAAGUAUUGGCAACUCAAAUGUUAGCAGCCUUGUUAUGUGCACUUUUGGUGAAUCUGUUGGGGUAAAGAUGCCAAUUUUUUCUCAUGGAAGCUCUGCAUUAUUCAUUCAAAAGAUUUUCAACAAAUCAUCGUAAAUUUCCCAGGAAGCGUUUCUGAAAUUGGAUCAUGGUUCAAGAGGUGCUUUUUAACACAAGUGAAAAUUUUAUCGUUAACAUGGUUUGAGACCAUGGUGAAGAAUUUAUUAUUUAGUUUGAUUGUGCUAUAUUUACACCUUAAUGCAGUUAGUGUAUUUUUUUUUGUGAGAGCAAACUAGUUGUAUAUGCUCACUUAUUGCCUCAUUGCACUUCGCAGUGAUUAUUUUGUGCUAUAUCUCCUUUUGGAGAGUGCUUUGUGUAGCACCACGUAAAUUUGAAAUAUUCGUGGAAUAUUGCUUCAUGCUGUGUAAUGGGUAGCCACCUAUGUGGCAAUAGAAGUAGGCAAGAAUUAUCAUGAUUAUCUAAAAUUCUACCUCUCCAUUUAAAGGGGAAUUUUCUUUAUGUAACAAGGAUGCUCACUGUUAAAGAUUUUCCCUUUAACAUUUCUUUAAUGAUUCUCUUUUCUUAAAAUCUAUACAAUUCUUCAUUAUUUGGCAAUAAGAAUUUGGUAUUUUUAUAACAUGAGGCAUAAUCUUCAGCAAGGUUGUCCUCUACUCUAACAUUUUAAAUGAAGAUUUUUUGGAAAAUACAAAUUGGGAUUGGAUAUAAGGAUUAGGAAAAGGAAUUGGGAAGUGAAAACUCCAUCAUGUGAAAUUUCUCUACCAUUAUACUCAUUCAUUUCCUAUGGUAGGGGACCUUAUUUCUCUGACCCCCACUUUCAAACUUUGAUCCUAGUUUUCCAAGAGUUUUUCUGGAUUUUGGGAGUUUAAUAACUAAUGCAGACUUUAUUUGUACCCUUAUAGAUCAUUUCUCUCAAUUGCCUUAUCUGAGGGUAGAGCCAUGGUUUUUGUAGUUGUCAUUCAUUUAUUUAUAUAUUUAUUUGGUUUUAUUUUUUGGAUGGCAGGGGGGUUUGGUGAUUUACAGAAAAAAUCUAGUGGUUUUGACACAGGAAAAUUUUUGUCACUCUUCUACAAUGAGCAUUCUUUUGUUACAACGUAGGAAAUUCUCCUUGGUUGGGUUUAAAAUUUUUGUGAGCCAGACUGUUUUUUUGAGAGUUAUGAUGUAAGAAAUUUGGCUUCAUUUGAGCUCUUUUUUCAGAGAUUAGUUAGCUGUUUCUUGCAAGGAACAUCUUUCAGAUUUUGACUGAGUUUGUACUCUUUGAAUUUGAGUUGUUAAGGACUUGGUUAAUAAUAUUGUUUCCAAAUUAAUCACCUUCCAUAAGGUACCAUCUUCAGUUCUAGUAUCUGUGUUGUUAUUAAUUAGUGUCAACAGGGAAACUAAUUGGUGGAUUUUUUAUUCUCUUUGAUGAAAAUAUUAGAAGAUUUUUUGUACUAAAUCACUUAGUAAAAUUUUGAUGUGACUUUAUCAUAAAGUAAAAUUUUAUGUAUUAUUUGCCUUAAGUACCUUAUGCAGGUACUUGUCCCUUUUGCAAUCAGUUGGGGCUUGAAUUUUGAAUCUGAUUUAAAAAAGAUAAAUAUUAACUGUGUACUAAAUGUUUGAAUUUGGAGUCUAACAGAUAAUUUAUUUGCCUUAUGGUUUUUCCUUGUCAAAAUUUAUCUUUCCAUCAAUACAUUGAUCACUCCUAUGUAACUAUGUGACAUACAAUUUCAAUUCAUUUUAUUAGUAGCUAUUGAUUUGUAAUUUUAGGUUGUCAAUUUAUAUUUUGUUUUGCAUGGGUGUUUGGCCCCAAGAAAUUUCAAGCUCGUAGUGUUUAAUUUUUUUUGUGCUGUCUCUAAAAGCUAAAUACUUCCAUUUGGAAAUGAUAGGAAAAAAAUUACAAUAUUACUUUGGGUACAAAAGGUUAUUUUCCAACAGAACAGACAUUUUUCCCUUAUGGCAUUCUAAAAUAACUGACAAGAAAGAAGCUUUUCUAGUUUAAAUGAUUCAUGCCUCAGAGAUAGUAUUUAAUUUUUCUAAUCCAACAUAUGAUGUGAAUACAUUAAGUAAAACAUAGUUUGAAAUAUUUUCCAUUAUUUUAAGUGUUUGUUUUCUUUACAAAAAUAAGAAUCUUCAUUUGAAUGUGUUCUUACAAAAUCCACAGGUCAAAUCAUUUUUGUUGUGUGAGCCAUCAAAAAAAGGUUUUUGGUUUUGAUAGAAAUACAGUUUUACUAAAUGUGCAAAAAAAUUAAGUUUACUCAGGAGAAAGAGAUCUGUUCUAGUGGCUUGCUUGCCUUUGUUUGAUGUCUUUUUUAUUUUAUGUUUAUGUUAGUGUUAGUGCUGCCAUAUUCAGCUAUAUUUACGUUGGUUUCCUCUCUUUGGCCAAUCAAAUCUCAAAUUAACCGACAACUGCAUGCUGGAAAUUUCAGUACAAUUUCUGGAACUAUUGUCAGUUUUUUCAUUGGGCUGAAAAAGGUCAGAAAACCAACAAAAGUUGCCAAUUGUGUGGGCCUGCUUUCUCAUUGUUUGCCUGAAUCGUGUUUUAAUUUGUAAGAUUCACAUGCAUAUUAUCUGCUUUGUAAAGCUAUUUGUAAGAAUAAACUUGGAUGUGCAAUUAAUUUUCAAACAAACACUGUUAGCUAGAAUCAAUCUCAAUUAUUUUUGUCUGUGUAAGUUUCUACAGUGUUGUAUGUAUAUAAUCCAAAUCGAUUUUGUACAGAAAAUAAACUGGGAUUGAAAAGUAAAUCCAAAAUAUGAAUUAUGUCAAUAAAGUUAGUUUGACUGCAAGUAA